GCCGCCGCGAAGGGAAACAUGGGCUGUUUUUGCUGACGGUUGGGGUGGAUUUGCUGUACCGCAUGCCGCAAUAGCUCAUAACUUGUUUGGAGGUGUGAGCGUCCUUUUCAAGAUUUCGAGACUCUGUAUCAGUCUUGUAAACUUCAAAGAGCUUUGAACGAUGUGGAUGGUUUAUAAACUAGCAUUUUGUGUAGCCCUUCUUGUUAGUUUAUCUGAUCAAGUUCGGAAAAAAGAGCUGUCACUGGCAGACCGCUGGCAGCAGAUGAGCGACCUCAGCUACCGCAGUUACGUCAUCAGCCUAGACAGCGAGCGGUUUAAGUCGCUGGUGCGCUCGGGGCCGCGCAACUACUCAACAGUCGUCAUGUUUACGGCCAUGGACGCGCGCCGCGGCUGCGCCAUCUGCCGGGAGGCGAAUGACGAGUAUAUGAUCACGGCAACAUCACACCGCUAUUCGAAGUCGUACCCCAACAACGUCUUCUUCGCUAUGGUCGAUUUCGACAAGGGCUCGGACGUCUUCCAGUCGCUCAAGAUCAAUACGGCUCCGAUGUUCAUCCACUUCCCGGCGAAGGGCAAUUACCGCAAGUCUGACAUCAUGGACAUCCAGCGGACGGGGAUUUCUGCCGAGAUCCUGGCCAAGUGGGUGGAGUCGAUGACGGACGUGCAGAUCCGCGUGAUCCGGCCGCCCAACUACGCCGGCACGGCCGGCCUCAUGCUGCUGAUGGCGCUGUUCGGCUUCCUCAUCUACCUGCGCCGCAACAACCUCGAGUUCUUGUACAACAAAACCAUGUGGGCGGUGUUGGCACUG